AUGCUAGACGAUAUCGACCGGUAUAAUCGAUACGCAACUCCCACGCAAUAUCAGGGAACGGCCACCAAUGUGAGCAUGUCCAUGUACAUCGAGGGAAUAUCCAGUUUCUCGGCGCAGACCAUGGAUUAUCAUCUCGACAUGUACUUUUAUCAGGUAAAUUUGGUUUACCAAUGUUACGACGAUGUUGUAGUAAGCAAUUGAAAAAUAAUCUUUUCUAGGAAUGGGAUGACCCGAGGUUAGCUCACAAUGGAAGCGGGCCUAUGCUAAUACGGGACAAAAUCAUCUUCAAGAAAAUGUGGCACCCUGACGCGUAUUUCGCCAAUGGUAAGUCAGCUUUGUUCAACGUUUGAUUUGAAUCCAAUUUGAGAGGAAAAGUUAGUUUCAAAUUAAUAAUUUGUUGUUUCAAACUUUAUAAGCGCAACACUUAAGGUGCGAUACACAGAUUUUCUUCAAAAUUUUUAUGCGUGGUCUUCUGAAUUGCCAAUUCUUGAAAAGGUUAGCUCCGAUUUGCAAGUUAAUCCUAUACAUUCAUGAUCCUUACACUUGAGGCCAUCAAAAAUCAUAUUUUUCGGUCAUACUUCGAACAAAAAAAUCGAUUUUCGAAGAAAAAUGUUAUCGAGGUCCUGUAAAACCUUAUAAAAUCGUUUUAUUACUCUCUUAUUUUCAGCCCGGUAUGCCAGUUUCCAUUCCGUAACCGAAGACAACUUCCUUGUUUGGGUCUAUCCAGAUGGCCAUGUUUGGUAUGAUUGUCGAAUCUCCCUCGUGGCCAUAUGCAUGAUGGAUUUGUGGUAAGAUCACAUGACCAUAAACAAGUUUUCUGUUUAGGAAGUACCCAUUGGACGAGCAACAAUGUAAUCUCAGGAUAUUGUCAUGUAAGUCCUUUGUUUCGGAACCUACCUCCGGAUAUUCUAUACCUAAAGCAAUUCCUCAUAUUGCACUUUAAUCAUUGCUGUUGCAGAUGCCUAUCCGGAGUCUCAAGUUCGUCUCCUCUGGUCCACCUCCAUCAAUCCACCAAUCGAUCGGGCUGCGGGUAUUCGAAUGCCCGACAUGAGGUUAGUGGAUAUAAAGACGGGUAUCUGCGAUGGGACGUACGCCACGGGGAAAUGGAGUUGCAUGACCGCCGAGUUUUAUGUACAAAGAGAAAUGAUGCACCAUAUUAUACAGACCUACGUCCCGACGGCGCUGAUCGUGGUCAUUUCGUGGUUUAAUUUCUGGUUAGAUAUUGACUCUGCGCCGGCACGGGUAUCACUUUCAAUUACCACGGUAAGUCACAGUUCAAGAAAGCUUGUGUACCUUGAUGUCCAAAUUUCUAACCUCUUCUUUUAGCUCUUGACCAUUGCCACUCAAGCUAAUGCCGUCAAACUCGCCCUACCUGAAGUCUCAUAUAUGAAAGUAAGUGUAUUUCUUUUUAUCCUUAACAGCUUUUCUUUCAGGCUAUUGACUUUUGGCUUGGUAUGUGUAUGACCUUCGUGUUUGGAGUCAUGAUUGAGUUUACAAUAUGCCAUUUUGCCAAGAAUCAGGAGCUCAGUAUGGGCUCUCCAAAUGCUCCAAAUCUAAUAGUAGACUCCACAAUGUCCACUUUAUUCGACACUUCUUCCAACCUCAAUGAUUCGAUAAAACGGUUAAAGGAGAACAACGCCGAAGCAAGAGACCGUUUCUUUAAAGGAAUUGAUCCAAAUGCUCUACCUUCAAGGAACGGACGAACCUUAAGGCCGGACGAACCAGAUAUACACACGAUUCAACCGAUGCCGGUGGAUAUGGAGCCAAUGCUGAAGAGUCUUAGUUCCUACGGAAGUCAUAAUGGGGAUGCCCGAUUGAAUGGACUCCGAGAUCCCAUGUAUCCAAGGAUGCAUUCUCUGGAUACGUUGCAUAUGACCGAGGAGAAGCACAAUAGUAUAAAACCAACGAUGAACCGAUUACGGAAUCAGGUAAGGACGCGUUAUUUUGUUACAAACUUUUGACUUUUUGUGUAAAGAAAUUUUCUGUCGACUUUUGCAAAGAAACACUCAUGUUGCUUGUGCGAUAAAAUUCAGGACCUGGACCCGCCAGCAAUCACAUUAAAGCCCAAUUAUCGUCCAAUUAGACGAGUGCUAAAAAAGCACUUGAUCUAACAGUUCAACAACUCUUUAAUCGCUCUCCAUUCGAUUUGAUUUACGUCAAACAGCGUCAAAUGUUGUGUAAUCUGUUGACCCGGACGUGAGAUGGUUGUUAGGAGGCGAUAAAACGGAUCUGGCCGUCUUUUGAUUACUUUUUGCAAGAAAAAUUGAUAGAAAAACAUUGAAGGUCUUGAGGGCUUUUCACACGGACCAGGAAUACAAACGAACAUGGCGUAUUGAUUAAUCGAGAUCAUUAGUUAGACUGGGCAUUCCAGAGGUGACAGAACUUUCAAAUAUAACUUUUUAAAAUUCAAAGGCUCGACGAAUUCCAAACAGGAAGAAAAAAUCUAAAAACACGUAAAUUUAAUAAAAAAAAACAAAUUUUAGGUUCGAAAUCGAGCAAUCAGUUGGAAGAAUGCACUGUGCAAUCUUCGCGGACGUCGGGUUGCCAACAAAAUCGAUGAAAAUUGCCGGUACAUCUUCCCCUUGGUGUUUGUGGUGUUCAAUAUCUUCUAUUGGAGCUUUUACUUGGUUAUCAACUGA